AUGGCGCACACACUCAGCGACUUGAAGAGAAUCUAUCGGACACGAUGGCCUGAGAUAUGGGCCGACAGCCUGGAGAUGGGCCUGCUACGUUCAACCCCCAGGCUCUUCCUCCUCAUGGUUGCCAUGGCUUCUAUGAUCGUUCUCAUUCCCCUCACACACAUGUGCCAAUUAACUCUACGCACAGCUGGAAAUGUUUAUUCCCAACUCACAUACACAGGCCUGAGACAGACUUAUCGGCACUACCAGGAGCGACAGAGGCGUAAGAAGUUGCUCGACAGGUUUGCCCUCAAAUCGUCAAUUGUGUUUAAUGAAAAUGGCCAAUUCGGACAAGGAGAAGCAAUCCCCAUGGAGGGGGGCCCCCUUUCAAGAAACUGCUUCUUCAUGCUGCCCCCAGAGAUCCGACGGCUGAUCCUAGUAUACGCAUUCGGGAACCGUACACUUCAUUUAAGCCUAGAGUUUCGACAUCAGAUCCAGCUUCGCCAUCGCGGUGGGGUCCAUUCAUCUCAUGCGGAUUUAUCUUGGUGGCCAGAUGACAUAGCUCCCGAGGAGCUGGACCCGAAACACCUCAGGGAUUGGCGAUGGUUCAGUACGGUCUGCCACAGAGCCCCGCCUCCGGAGAAGUCAGGUGCUAAACCAUUGUCAUUCGGGAGGAUUUCUUGUGGCAAGCUAAGAAACGAGGAGCCGAACCUUGACGGCUGCCUUUAUGGGCUUGCCAGGCGCGGGCAUUGUGAUGAAUGGCCGGGGGAAUACCCUGCAAAGUGUAUGAUUGGAGCUAACGGCUGGUUGCUGUCCUGCAAGAAAGCGUACAAGGAGGGAUUACACGUGCUCUACAGUACAAACACCAUACACAUUACUUCAAAAAUCCUGCUCACCAGUAUGCACCGGAUCAUUUCUCCAGUCAUGCUCUCAAGUGUUCGAUCGCUCGAGCUGGUUUGGAACCCGGACGAGUUGCCCUUCGAGUUGGGCUUCGGCAACCCCUGUGAAGAGAAAUCUGAUAUUGCGGGAUCACCCGUGUUCUCCUCCCUAGACCAUCUUCGAAUAUCAUUCCUCUUCGAUCAGUUGGGGUCACGAUACCAACAUGUUCCAGACGACCGCGUGAUAAUGUGGAGGGAAAUCUUCUCAAAACUCGAUAUCCUUCUAGAUAGAAUUGUACCGUCAUCGACAGAAGUGAUAGUCUCAUGUACAACCCCCGAACUUUAUGACAACAUCCAUGUCCUCUUCCAGCUCUCUAGGACUCAGGGCAACAAAAUCCUGGCGCCAAAAGAAGCGGAUAUUGGUGGUCAGAUGAUUUGGCGCCCGAGGAUGGCUCUACAUGCGGAUUGUGUGCGGGACUUAGAGCAAGGAGGGAGUGGCAGCCUGAGAACCGGUUUCUGGAUCCAUCAGCCGACUUGGAUGGUCGGUCUUGAUGCAGAGGGCAUGACUAGUGACUCUCUUCCAUUUAGAGUUCCUCGCUGGAGACAAUUGGACCAUGAAUCCAGGCGAGAAACUUAUUUCACAGUCAUAACAAGUCAAUUUUCUACCUAG